AGAAACAUCUCUUCGUCGCGUGCUUUUCCCGCCCAUUCUGCCAGACCAAAUCUUCGCGCUGUUCUGUUCUCCUUCCGGUAGGUUUUGGCCGCUCAUCUCAACUUCUCCGCUCCAUUCCGAUCCCAUGCUAUGCGUUUUCCGGCGAGUUGCGAAUCUUGAACCGUUCUCAAAGCUUCUUCAUCUGUUCCAGUGAAUCGAACAUAAAAAUGAGUGCUCCUAUGGAGAUUUCUUUGCCAAACCCACCCUCAGAAGCCCAGAUGUCUGAUUCAAACGGCGUCGUCUCCGAGUCAGCCGCUUCUCCUUGUCUGAGUGAAGACAAAAUUCUCGUUUCAGUCGAGGUGUGCUUAAAAUCCUCCAGCACAGCACGAAAUGAAGAUGUCCGGUUGGCAGUUGAGAGAAUGCUCGAGAAAAGAAGUUUAAGCUAUGUUGAUGGGCCCAUUCCAGUGCCGCUCGAUGACUCAUUUCUCAUAGAAAAUGUGCAAGGAAUCCGAAUUUGUGACACAGAUGAUGGUGUGCAAAACCAUGAUAUCCUCUUAUUCUGGCAAGUCAAACCUGUUGUUCAUGUCUUUCAGCUUAGCGAAGAAGGACCCUGCGAGGAACUUGGUGGGGAAGGACAGAUUUCUAGUUUUAAUGAAUGGAUACUUCCUGCCAAGGAAUUUGACGGCAUGUGGGAAAGUUUAAUUUUUGAGUCUGGUCUCAAGCAAAGGCUUCUGAGAUAUGCUGCCAGUGCUUUGUUAUUCACUGAAAAGGGUGUUGAUCCAUUCCUCGUGUCAUGGAAUCGGAUUGUUCUAUUACAUGGACCUCCAGGGACUGGUAAAACCUCUUUAUGCAAAGCACUGGCUCAAAAACUAUCAAUAAGAUAUCUGUCAAGAUAUCCACACAGUGUUCUCAUUGAAGUUAAUGCACAUUCGCUGUUUAGCAAAUGGUUUUCUGAAAGUGGCAAGCUGGUCGCAAAGCUAUUCCAGAAGAUCCAAGAGAUGAUAGAGGAAGAAGACAAUCUGGUAUUUGUUUUGAUUGAUGAAGUGGAAAGCUUAGCUGCUGCUAGAAAGGCUGCUUUGUCCGGUUCAGAACCUUCAGAUUCCAUUAGGGUUGUCAAUGCGCUACUUACACAGAUAGACAAAUUGAAAUCGUCACCAAAUGUGGUGAUUCUGACAACUUCCAAUAUAACAGCAGCUAUUGAUAUUGCAUUUGUUGAUCGAGCAGAUAUCAAAGCAUAUGUUGGUCCACCAACUCUUGAAGCACGUUAUGAAAUUCUAAGAUCCUGCUUGCAAGAGCUUAUACGUACUGGAAUUUUAACGACUCCUGAGGGUUGUGACCACUCUAUGCUUCUUAACUAUGCUGGUUUGAAAGAGAAAAUAAGCAUUCCAGAGACCGAUAAGGUUGACGUACCACUUCACAUCUGCAAACGAUUGCUUGAGGUUGCUGAGGGAUGCGAGGGUUCUAGCGGACGCUUUUUAAGAAAGCUCCCAUUUUUAGCUCAUGCGACUCUUGCAAAUCCAUGUACUGGUGAUCCUUUAAAGUUCUUGUUCGGAAUGUUGGAAACGGCAAGAAGAGAUCGAACAGAGUUACCCGAAUGAACAUAAAAAACCAAUGCCUCUUGCUUUCAACAGUCCAAGGACGAAACCAACGAACAUGAACAUCUUUGCUGCAAUGGAGAGGCCACAGAGGGUUCCCUUGCAGUCUUUUGAAAUGGGGAGCUUUCUUUUGGAGGUUCCCAUGGCCGUGGUUCGAAUAUUUAGACGUCCUUGUAAGCAAAGUAUUAUAAGAUAGGAGGAGGAGACUCUCAUCCUUUGCAAAGGGGAAUCCAGCAUCCUGGUCCGAUUCAUCAAAGAGUUCUUUCAUUUGUCAUCUUCAAACAUGCACAAUUGAGCUUCUCUUUCUCUCUUUCUUCCUCUUUUUCUCUCUAUCAAUCUAUUGUCAGAUCUGUAGUAGAAUAUAUAGCUAGCUAUGUUAUUCGCAAGUCAUGUUUUGUUUAUAUCAGAAAUAUAAUGGUAUUGAGUGUAAUUUCUGUCUGCAUGCAUAUGUCUACAUCUGCAGCUGAUUGAUGUAAUAAAAGUUUCCUCCAAUUCUCGGUUUUCCUAA